AUGGCGCGACUCAACGAGCCGCCGAUAGCAAAUCAGCCAUCGGCGGAAACCAUCGAAGCCGUGAAACGACGCUUCCUCAGACAGAACCGCGAACUGGCAAAGACAAACUCGACUCAAUCCAUACGCAUCCGCAGCCUCGAAAAUGAUUGCUCGCGACUCCUCGCUGAAAACUUGGCACUGCGCGAGCAGGUGCUUAGCCUUCAUAAUACCGUCGAGUCGCGUCCAGCUUUCGACCACAUCGAUGCUGUCAAGCUGCAGCUUGAAUCGAAGCUACAGGAACUUGGAGGCUUGGUAGCAAGCCUAACGCAGACCAAGAACGGACGCGAAAAAGAUGCAGGCAGGCGGAAAAGCCAGCUGCUAGCAAAGAGGAGAAGCGGAGAGGAAAGACAGUGGAGGAGUGGGUUGGGACUACAAGAAGUUGAGAAUGCAAUGCUGCCUACAAUCACGGAGGACAAAUUUUAUCCUCGAAAGACCAUGGGUGCGGACGAGCUUCAGCAAGUGCUGGAAGACCCUGAUAGCCAAUCGCCAGAUAUUGGCCCACCCCCCAUAUCGCGGUUCGAGAACGAGGAUCCCAUCGGGUUUGAUCCCAGCCCGGUUGCAGAAGAGCCGCAAGAAGAGACAGCCGAGGAUGGCGAGCCGUCGCUUUCGGUCAAUCUCGAGACGCGUAAGAAGCGACGAGAGAGUGGGCCGAAGCUCAGCAUACGCCGUGUAUCCGUAUUUGAGUCUCCAGAAGAAACUGAAGAGGCACCUGCGAAGCCUCUACGUACGGGAGCUAAGCGCAAGUUCAGUGUUCAGGAAGAUGAGGAUACAAAUCAAGCCAAGGGCGAUGCCUUUAGGUUUUCUCGUCGGAACGCUGCAGAAAUUGAGACAUCCAAUGAAGGACCGAGACUCCCCGCCUUGGAUCGCCUUCCAGUCCUUUCAGCCAAACCUGUCAACACCGACCCAGUCGUAUCGCCAAAAAAACAACGCUCUUCGGCCCAAGAAAAACCUGGAAAGUUGGAGAAGCCAACCGCAAAAGCUCGUAGCCGUCCUCGACUGAACAUUACCCGUAAUAGCACGCCAGAUCUCCCUUCUAUACCCAUAUCAGAACCCGUCCCUACCGCUGAUAUCAUUCUGGACUCCCUACCCCCUAAGACCCCAGCUGCAGAUGCCAUCAUUUCUCCACCAUCAACCGAACCCUCGACCCAAAGACCAGAAAAUAAAGAUACACCACCACCUGGUGAUCUUUCUUCAGCCGAUCAAACUGGGCAAGCUGGGCGACCAGGGAGACGAGCACGUCCCCAAGUUAGCUACAAAGAGCCCAGCCUCAAUGUAAAGAUGCGACGUCCAGAUGCAAAGCUUGUUGAUGCAGUGGUUGAUCGGCGGACGAGUGUCGAAUCUCACAACCCGCCUUCGACGGUUGUCAAACGUGAAGCCAACGGGGAGAUUGCUUGGAAGCCCGUGUCUGCAGUAUCCGUAAGAGCAGCCGAGGAAGAGGCUGAGGCGGGGAGUCCGCUAAGACAAAAACUGGACAGAAGAGACCAGGAUUCGAAAGCAUCAGCUGAGCCAGAAGAACAAUCAGCGACCUUGAAAGCGAUAUCCGCACUAAUCAACGAAACAAGCACCGCAAAAAGGAAGAUGGCUUCUACAGCUUCAAGAUCUGCCACAGAGUCAACUGCAGCAAAAACCGAAGAUGCUCCUGUUUCAACAGACACGAUUGCGGUAAAGGUAGAGUCACAGCAGAAGGACAGCCUGGCCGUUUUCGACUUUACGGACUCUCCACCUGCUGAAGCUGUAACUAGUCAGCGCACACGUGUCAACGAAGCCGCCAAAGCGGCCCGAAAUGCGCGUCGCCAUUCCGCUAUGCCUGCACCAGGAGCUUCAUCCGCAUCUGAGGAGCGAAGAGCAGAGAGGGAAAAGACGGAAGGUGCACUCCCUUCGCUCCACAGGCGUACUGGGAGCGGGACUACAAAAAGUAGCAGCACUACAAGCCUGGCAAGGAGUUCGAGUACUAACGGUGUGGCCAGGAGUACAUCGAGUGCUCGAACGAUAGAAAUCAAGGACAAAAAGCUCGCUGUUGCAGGUGGACUCCCUGACAGCGCUGGCGUUAGUGGCCCCAAGGCAAGGGGUGAUGAUGCCGGCGAAUCAAAAGUGCGGGACAGGGAAAGGGAGACGAGCGCCUUACGGGCCGAGAGGGCCGCCAGCAGGAGGAAGAGUAUGAUGCUUUAA